UCAGUACAUAGUGUUCGUCUCUUUGUCGAAUAUUUACCUUAGCAUCAAAAAGAACACAUACGUUAACUCAUGAGACGACGGGUACAUUAUUAAGUGCGUUCCCGUGAAUGUCACCAAUUUUCUGUUUAAUAUGUGGAACAGGGACUGGGGACCUGCGGAGAACAGCCCUAGCUAAUCCCAACGAGAGAGACAGCGCUGAUGCUCGCGCUGUGUAAUAGUCAUUGUCUGAAGGAAUAUUUAGAUUACUGGGACCACCUCAUACACAAGACGACAAUAAUCAAAACACCAGAAAAGAAGGAUGAAAUUUACUGAGCACCUUUCGGCACACAUCACCCCAGAGUGGAGGAAACAAUACAUCCAGUAUGAGGCGUUUAAGGAGAUGCUGUACUCCGCCCAAGAUCAGGCUCCUUCAGUGGAAGUGACAGAUGAAGACACAGUAAAAAGAUAUUAUGCCAAGUUUGAGGAGAAGUUUUUCCAAACAUGUGAAAAGGAGCUGGCCAAAAUCAACACUUUUUACUCAGAGAAGCUAGCUGAGGCUCAGCGGCGUUUUGCCACACUGCAGAAUGAGCUGCAGUCUUCUCUGGACGCUCAGCGAGAGAGCAGCAGAGCACCGGGCCUGCGUCACCGGCGCCGUGCCGUCUUCCACCUGUCGCAGCAGGAACGCUGCAAACACCGCAACAUCAAAGACCUGAAGCUGGCCUUCAGUGAAUUCUACCUCAGCCUAAUCCUCCUACAGAACUACCAGAAUCUGAACUUCACAGGUUUUCGGAAGAUUCUGAAGAAGCAUGAUAAGAUUUUUGAGACGGUGCGUGGGGCAGACUGGCGUGUGGCGCACGUGGAGGUGGCGCCCUUCUACACGUGUAAGAAAAUCACCCAGCUCAUCUCUGAGACGGAGGCGUUGGUGACCACAGAGUUAGAGGAGGGUGACCGACAGAGAGCCAUGAAGAGACUUAGAGUUCCCCCUCUGGGUGCUGCACAGCCAGCACCAGCGUGGACCACAUUCAGGGUGGGGCUGUACUGUGGAGUCUUCAUCAUCUUAACUGUCGUCAUUAUCAUCACAGGGGUGGUGAAGAUCAUUAGAGAAGAGAAAGAGAUUCUGUGGCCUUUCGUGCGGAUCUAUCGCGGUGGCUUCCUGCUCAUCGAGUUUCUCUUCCUGUUGGGCAUCAACACAUACGGCUGGAGGCAGGCGGGUGUGAACCAUGUGUUGAUCUUUGAGUUAAAUCCCCGCAACAACCUCUCCCAUCAGCACCUGUUUGAGAUUGCUGGUUUUCUGGGGGUGCUGUGGUGCGUUAGCAUCCUGUCCUGUCUCUUCUCAGGGUCAAUAAUGAUCCCCAUUCAGGUCAACCCUCUCAUCCUGUAUGGCUUCUUCUUCCUUUUCCUCAUCAACCCGUUCAAGACCUGUUACUACAAGUCACGCUUUUGGCUGCUUAAACUACUGUUCAGGGUAGUCACAGCUCCUUUUCACCGAGUGGAGUUUGCUGAUUUCUGGCUGGCUGACCAGCUCAACUCUCUCGUGAUGGUUCUGAUGGACCUUGAAUACCUAAUAUGCUUCUACAGUUGGGACCUGAAGUGGGAGAAGCCCUUUGAAAAGCUUAAAGAGCACAGUAAGGCUGCAGGUAUGUGCAAUACAUAUUCAUACGGAGUACGGGCUGUUAUCCAGUGUCUGCCCGCCUGGUUCCGUUUUGUCCAGUGCCUCCGCCGUUACCGUGACACUAAGCGUGCCUUCCCUCACUUGGUCAAUGCGGGAAAGUACUCCACCACGUUCUUUGUGGUCACCUUCAAUGCACUCUACAAAACGCACAAAGGCAAGUCGACACUCGGCAGCCCCGAUGCAAACGUAUUCUUCUACCUUCUGAUUGCGUUUUCGGUGAUUAGUUCCUGUUACACUCUGGUGUGGGACCUGAAGAUGGACUGGGGUCUGUUUGACCGUAACGCUGGGGAAAACUCUUUCCUCCGAGAGGAGAUUGUUUACCCACAGAAAGCUUACUAUUACUGUGCCAUACUGGAGGACGUGAUCCUUCGCUUUGCCUGGACCAUUCCCCUCUCUCUCAGUACUCUCUCUGGCUUUGACACUGCCAACGACGUCCUGGCCAUUGUCCUCGCCCCCCUGGAGGUCUUCCGACGGUUCGUGUGGAACUUCUUCCGUUUGGAGAACGAGCAUCUGAAUAACUGUGGUGAGUUCCGUGCGGUGAGGGACAUCUCGGUGGCGCCGCUGAACGCUGACGACCAGACCCUGCUGGAGCAGAUGAUGGAUCAGGAGGACGGUGUGAGGAACAGACUGGGCAAAAAGAGCUGGAAGAGAAGUUACAGCAUGUCUCUGAGACGGCCCCGCCUUGCCUCCCAGUCCAAAACCAGAGACACAAAGGUUCUGAUAGAGGACACAGACGAUGACACCUGACCUAAUCUCUUCAUCAGGGUACACGGCCAAUCAUAAUGGACCGUGCCCCAUACUUGGGCCCGCCCGCUAUCCAACUGCUAUCCAAUCAGUCCAUCACAAAGCUGCCUGCCCCCACCAAAUUGAUGACACUGGCACACACACACACACACACACACUCUCAGAGAUUUAUUGACUUAGACACAUACACAUCGCACAACUCAUUCAGUCAACUAGGACCAGCCACUCUUUAGUUACUGUAUUUUUCAUGCAUUUGUUACUUGCCUUUGUUAUUCUGAAGAUCCAUUGAGUGGACAAAACAAACAAACAAACUUGUAUAAACAUAUAAAUGUAUAUACAAAUGACAGGGAGGUUAUUGAUUUAAAAGUGAUAUUCAGAAAUGAUAUUAAUUAACCUGGAGUGGAGUUUCCAGACCUGGACAGCAAUCAGACACUCCGGCAAGCAGUGUAAUUUGACACACACACUCUCAGUGUGAGUGGACGUACACAUGCACGCACACAUUCAGUGUGGGAUAUAUAUAUAUAUUUUUUUUUCUUUUUCAUGAAGACGACAAUGGUGAUGUAUUCAUAGCAGUCUUUGUCUCUUGGAUGAGUCAACAACAUCCGUGAAUUCAUAAUUUUUUUGUUGUUUUUGUUUUAUUUUGGGUUUUUUUUGUUUUUUUAAAGUUCUGAAUGUACAUUUUAUUGUUAUUUAUAUGAAGGAGAGAUGCCUUGAACGUUGUUUAAGAGGACAAAGAGUCUUUUAAUAGACAGAUCAUGUACAGUGUCUCCCAAAGCCUUUGGAAAAACUGUCUUUUUUUUUUUUUCUUCACAUGUUAAAACCCUCAGGUGGCACCAUUUAGGCAGACUGUCCCUUCCCCUUAAACAUUUCCAGUCUCUUAAACAUACCACUGCGGCCAGCCUGCCGAGUCUACUUAAUGCCAAAUGAGAACGUCUGCCUCUGAAUUCUUCCUUCUCAACUUGUUAUAAUAACAGUGGACUCUAAAGCAGUGCUUCUUCAUAGGUUUUGGUUGUAGAAGGUUUAAGAAGAAGCCAGGAAUCUGUAGUGGACAGAGGUCUGUUUUUGGCUUUGUGAACUGGCUCAUGCCAACCACUCUGUCAUGCUCCUGAAAAGCACUCAGCCUUUUUUUUAUAGAUGGGUUCUCUUCUCUUCACACAUCACUGUUUUUGAAGAAAAAGUAUUAGAAAAGCAAGCAGAAUGUACUUUCAUUUUAAUUUUGUUUUGAUAUUUCUUUCCAUCACAUUCCAGUGUGGCAGCAUUUCUUUUUCGAGACUUGAGUUUAAAAAGCCAUUUCAUUUGUUUUGGACCUUUAUGUCUUCCAAAAUGAGACCUGACCCCAAUUUUGCCACCUGAGGGUUUUAGUAAAGCACAGGACACAUCCAGAACUCUCCUCCUCUGUGGUCUUUUCAUAUAUGAAUGAACGGAGGAUACAUCAGUUUUACAUCCUUUACAUCUGUCGGGAAGGACCCCACCUCAGGUCUAUGACGAGCACCAAUGGAGACCACUGUUUCACAUUUACAACACGGUCAUCAUGGACCAUGUUUUGAAAUCCUGUUACAUUCCAACAAAGACCAUAGAAAAGGAUGCUGGAAUUCUUCUGCGCUAGCAGUUAAAUUAGUUGCAAGCUCAGUCAUGUUUUUUUCUCCCCACACACAUAAACAAACACAUUUUUUACUUUUUCAAAUGGUUGAAAGUGAUAAACAGGACCUGAAGUGUGUUUAAUGUUUUGGGAACAUGGAUUUGACAAAGCUGCCUGACCGCCCAACAGUUACACGUUCCUUCUGACGGUUUCAUGUACUACUGCGUCAAGUGCUUGGACCAAAACAAAACAAACAAAAACAAUUUGUUCUGUGGAUUGUUUUUUUUUCUUUUUUCUGUCGUUGUUUUUCUUCCUUUCCCCUAGCAGCUUCCCAUGACAUUGUGAGUUGAAAUGAAGGAGACCUCUGAAGUGGGUCUUUGGUUGUGUUCUGUUCCGCUGUGUCCAUUGUAUUGUCGUACUCUAUAGCCCUGGUCCGUGGAACCUUCUGGAAGGAGGAUUUACCAUCCAUUUCAGACUCUGUGUUAAAAAACAAAAGUACUGCAAGCGAACUUGAUUCGCAUUCCCUGUUACAAUGUUUUUAAGUUAAAAGAAAA